GUGAACCUAACAGAAAAGGGACCAUGAAGCUUGUGGUGGACGUGCUGGAAACUCAUGAUCUUAUGCUCAAAGACAGUGAAGUAUCCUCCAGUCCAUUUGUAGAAGUUGACUUUGAGAAACAAAGAGGCAGAACCUGUACUGUUCGAAAAAAUCUUAACCCUGUCUGGAUUCUGGAACCAGAAGCUACUCUUCAAUUUGGAUGACCCCAGCAGCCUCCAUCAUCACAGCAUUGAGGUUUCUGUCUACAAUGAGAGGAAAUUGUUCCCUGGCAGCAGCUUCCUUGGAAAGAUAAUUUGGUUGAUUCUGGUACGGCGGCCACUACUAGUAGUAGUAACUUUGCAACUCCUGCUACUUCUAAAGCUGCUGAAGUGACUUCGGUUGAGAGACAGCCCGUAGAAGUGCCAAUAAUCAUGCAGCAGAUCAACCCCAAAACCCAUCCUAACAACCAAGCAGACUAUGAAUUGAAGGACACUAGCCCCCGGCUAGGAGAGCAAUGGCCAAAUGGAGGAGGAGUACAUGGCGGUGGCGGGUGGAUGAUGGGAGACAAAUUCACCAGCACGUAUGACCUUGUAGAACAGAUGUUCUAUCUGUAUGUUCGAGUUGUCAAAGCCAAAGAUCUACCCCCCAGUGCCAUCACUGGAAGCAUUGACCCAUAUGCAGAAGUGAAACUUGGGAACUACAAAGGGAAAACAAAGCAUUUUGAGAAGAAGACAAACCCUGAGUGGAACCAGGUCUUUGCAUUCUCCAAAGACCGAGUCCAGUCAUCAGUGCUGGAGGUUUUUCUCAAAGACAAAGAGAUGGUGGGCAGAGAUGAUUAUCUCGGCAAAGUGGUAUUUGACCUGAAUGAGGUGCCAAGUAGGGUGCCACCAGAUAGUCCCUUGGCACCUCAGUGGUACAGAUUGGAGGAACGUCGUGGAGAGGGCAAGGUCAGAGGUGAGAUCAUGCUAGCAGUUUGGAUGGGAACACAAGCUGAUGAAGCCUUCUCAGAGGCCUGGCACUCAGAUGCUGCUUCUGUUCAUGGAGAGGGUGUUUUCAACACCCGCUCUAAGGUCUAUGUCUCACCAAAACUAUGGUACUUAAGGGUGAAUGUGAUUGAAGCCCAAGACGUACAACCAUACGACAAAAACCGUCUCCCCGAGGUUUUUGUGAAGGCUCAGGUAGGUAACCAGGUUCUCAAAACCAAAAUAUGCUCUACACGUACUGCUAAUCCCAUGUGGAAUGAAGAUCUAGUUUUUGUAGCAGCUGAGCCCUUUGAAGAACAGUUGGUUAUUACAGUUGAGGAUCGAGUGCAUCCAUCCAAAGAUGACGUGAUAGGGAAGACAAGUCUGCAGCUCAACAUAUUUGAGAAGCGCCUGGACCAUAGGCCUGUUCAUUCUCGCUGGUUCAACGUUGAGAAAUUUGGGUUUGGAAUAUUGGAAGGAGACAGGAGGAGCGAGUUCAAAUUUUCAAGUAGAGUUCACCUCAGAGUUUGCCUUGAGGGUGGUUACCAUGUACUUGAUGAAUCAACUAUGUACAUAACUGACCAACGCCCUACUUCAAGGCAGCUUUGGAAGCAACCAGUUGGCAUAUUGGAGGUAGGCAUCUUAAGCGCACAAAACCUCCUCCCAAUGAAGACGAAGGAUGGUCGAGGCUCCACAGAUGCUUACUGUGUAGCAAAAUAUGGACAGAAGUGGGUAAGAACCAGAACAAUAAUUGACAGCUUCAACCCCAAAUGGAAUGAGCAAUAUACAUGGGAAGUGUAUGACCCAUGUACUGUAAUCACACUUGGGAUUUUCCACAACUGCCAUGUAGGGGGCAAUGAGAGAUCAGCUGGUGGAGGCCCUGUAAGAGACUCAAGGAUUGGGAAGGUAAGAAUUCGACUAUCAACCCUUGAAGCAGAUCGGAUUUACACACACUCUUACCCGCUACUAGUUCUACAUCCAUCUGGGGUAAAGAAGAUGGGGGAGCUCCAGUUAGCUGUUCGUUUCACUUGUCUAUCUCUGGCUAACAUGAUAUACAUCUAUGGUCAUCCUCUAUUGCCAAAGAUGCAUUACCUGCAUCCCUUCACAGUGAACCAGUUAGACAGUCUUAGAUACCAGGCAAUGAACAUUGUAGCUGUGAGGCUUGGAAGGGCUGAGCCACCACUCAGGAAAGAGGUUGUUGAGUACAUGCUGGAUGUGGAUUCUCACAUGUGGAGUAUGAGAAGAAGCAAAGCUAACUUCUUUAGGAUCAUGUCAAUACUGUCAGGUAUCAUCUCUGUCAGUAGAUGGCUUGAUGAUGUUUGCCAUUGGAAGAACCCAAUCACGACAGUUCUGGUUCAUGUUCUGUUCUUAAUACUGAUCUGCUACCCAGAACUGAUACUUCCAACAAUUUUCCUCUAUAUGUUCCUCAUUGGGAUGUGGAACUACAGGUUUCGCCCAAGGCACCCACCACACAUGGAUACUAAACUUUCAUGGGCAGAAGCAGUCCAUCCAGAUGAGCUAGACGAGGAAUUUGACACCUUUCCAACUUCUAAGCCCCCAGACAUGGUCCAGAUGAGAUAUGAUCGGCUUAGAAGUGUAGCAGGAAGGAUACAGACUGUAGUUGGAGACAUGGCAACACAAGGAGAAAGAUUUCAGUCUUUGCUCAGCUGGAGAGACCCAAGAGCAACAAGCCUCUUUAUAGUCUUUUGUCUGUUGGCUGCUGUUGUGCUGUACAUUACGCCAUUCAGAGUAGUGGCGCUUGUCACUGGCCUAUACAUGCUCCGCCACCCUAGAUUCCGGAGCAAACUACCCUCGGUACCUAGCACUUUCUUCAAGAGAUUGCCAGCUCGUGUAGACAGCAUGAUCUGAAAGGGGGGGGGGGGCGGAUUAGUCCAUGUCUGAUAACUGAUCCAACUGCUGUAAUAUGUUUGAUGGCUACUUCAGAAUCCCAUCUAGAGUCUCUGUUACAAAAUUGUUCCUUGUUCAGUUGUUCAUAUACAGUCAAUGAGUGCAAUGAUUUUUACAUUUUCAAUUUGUGUCCUGUGAAGAUAUAUGUGUGUAUAUUACUUGAAGGCAAGAGCCUUUUGCUGUCUCAAUGUUAAAGCUUCCUGAUGUAAUAAUAUGCUUAAAUAAAUUGUGUUGAUGGAUUUUUUUC